AUGGGACUGUCCCAAAUACCUGCCACAGCGCACGACAUCGAAAUGGCUACGAACAACCAAGACGAAGAACAACGGAUACGAGAUGUCGAACCGCAAACCGAACUAGAACCACCGCUCCCACCCUCGAUCCCCUCGCACUUAGCCUACCGUCUCUACACAUCCCAUUUCCUGUCAACAUGGAACUCGCGCCUCUUCGAAUUUGGAUCUGUGCUAUUCCUAGCAUCCAUCUACCCACAGACUUUACUCCCCAUGUCCGUCUACGCGCUGGUACGCAGCGGCGCUGCAAUCAUAUUUGCGCAGGCAUUGGGGGCAUGGAUCGAUCGUGGAGAGAGACUGUCUACGGUACAGGUGUCGAUUAUCGGUCAGCGGUUGGCGGUUGCGGCGAGUUGUGCUAUUUUUUGGGUAUUGCAGCAAGAAGAUGAGGUGAUUGGAGGUGGGAGAGUGAAGGAUGGGCUUUUCGCGGUUACGGUUAUGCUGGCGUGUGUGGAGAAGUUGUGUUCUGUGUUGAAUUCGGUUUCGAUUGAGCGGGAUUGGAUUGUUGUUAUUACGGAAGGGAAUGAAGGAGUCCGAAGAGUGAUGAAUGCGCGAAUGCGAAGAAUUGACCUCUUUUGCAAACUCAUGGGCCCGUUGACGAUUUCCUUAGUGGCGUUGGCGUCAACUCUGAUGGCUAUCCGGGUUACUCUAGCUAUGAACGUGGCUUCGGUCUUGGUUGAGUAUAUAUGUAUUGCUCAGGUCUUUAAGAGAUUCCCUCAACUGCGUCGAAACGAAGUCGAACGCCUGGAAUCGAGUGCCGAUGCGGCUCCACAACGAUCUGCCAUGACAACGAUUUUCUAUUGCUUGAAGGGAGUCUUCCCCAUCAGAUCGCUUCACUUCUACUUCAACCACUCCGCAUUUAUCCCGUCAUUCGCGCUAUCCCUUCUCUACUUCACCGUUCUAUCCUUUUCUGGACAAAUGAUCACAUACCUCAUCUCAGUCGGCUACAGCACCCUCUACAUCGGCAUUGCGCGAACAGUGAGCACUGCCCUAGAACUCAGCGCAACAUGGAUCGCACCCCGGAUGAUGAAACGUGUUGGUGUUGUGCGAGGAGGGAUAUGGAGUCUCUGUUGGCAGAUGGGCUGGCUCGGUGCUGGGGUCACAUGGUUCUUUGCUGAUUUCAAUCGCGAGGGCCGCGAUGUGAUUAUCGCGGCGACUGGCUUGGCGGUCGGGGUUGCGUUGAGCAGAAUUGGGCUAUGGGGUUAUGAUUUGUGCGCACAGAAUCUCAUUCAAGAUGAAGUGGAAGAUUCACAUCGCGGAGAAUUUUCCACCACUGAGGCCGCAUUCCAAAACCUUUUCGAGUUGCUGUCAUAUGCAUCGACGAUCAUCUUUUCGAAACCAUCGCAAUUCCAGUGGCCGGUGGCUAUCAGUACAGCAGCAGUUUACAUGGCGGGCGGAUUGUAUGCGUAUUUCGUGCGACGCAGAAGAGGCCAUUUGUUCCACCCGCCGGAGUGGAUGUUGAUCAAGCGACCGGAGGCUGUAUAA